GUAGUAUAGUACUCUAUAUUUUUUUUUCAGUUGCUUUAAGACAUAGAAAAGUGUCACCUUAAGAAAGAGAGAGAAAGAAAAAAACAUAGAAAAAACUUUGUUGUUUCUAUAACAACAAUGUCACUCUGCUACCUUAAGUCAAUUCCUGGUUUGCUUUCAAAGUUUCUCUUCUUGAAUAUGGAUAUUUUCUUCUACCUUACUAUGUUUCUUUGAUGGAUAAUUUGAUUCUAAGGAUAAAAGUGAUUAUUACAAUAAAAAAUCUUGGUUUGUGUUUGUGUUUGUGAUGGGGAGUAAUAGUAGAGGAAAAGAUGGUGAAGGAACUUCUGGAAUUAACACGGUUGAUGAUGAUGAUGAUAGCUUUGAAUAUUUACAAGAGUUGAAUUUUGUGCCUUAUGAAACACUUCUUCAAAAUAACAUGAAUACCAAUGGUUUUGUAGCUUCUUUUGUCAUGCAACAGGUUCCUGUGAUUGUCAUGCAAAGACCACAACCACAGCCGCCACAAGCAUUGAUGCAAAACAGAUAUGUUGAAACAGUUAUUCAUGAAAAGUUGAAAAGUGUAAGGAUCACAUGGAUUCAUGGAGGCACCAAUGUUUCUAUUGCAGGAUCAUGGAACAACUGGGAGACAGUGGAGGCCUUGCUAAGAGUAGGUCAACAUUUUGUGAUUGUUAAAACACUUCCAAUAAGUAUCUACUAUUACCGUUUCAUUGUAGAUGGACAAUGGACACAUGCUCCUGAGUUUCCAUCAGAUCUUGAUGAUUCUGGUUAUGUCUACAAUAUAUUGGAUUUGCAGGAUUAUAUCCCACAAAGACUGCAAAAAUCUGAAGAUCCAGAAUCGCCGCCAUCGAGUUACGAUAACAUAUUCUUAAAUGAAGAUGAAUUCAACAAGCCUCCCCCAGAAUUACCACCACAAAUACCAGUGACAAUAACACAAGAAGAGGCUUCAACAAGCAAUAUUGAUCAAGUCCCUAGUUCUACACAUGUGGAUCUAAAUCAUCUAUACAUCAACAAAUCUGAUGGUGAUCAAUUUGUAACACUAAGAUCAACUCAUAGGUUUCAACACAAAUUUGUCACUACAAUACUUUACAAGUCCCUUCAAAGGGAAAGAUGAUGAUGCAACAUUUAGUUUAAUAUCUUAAGUGGUUUUUUCUAGAGAACAUUUCUAAUUAAGUUCAUUAAUCUGAUAUGUAGAAAUUUUAUUGGAAUAGGUAAAUUAAGAAUUUAUUUUCAUGUAAACAACUUUAGGUAAUGUUAUUUAUUUAUUUAUUCUGGCAGUUAAUAUAUAUAA